CCCCUGAGCUGAGCAGGAACUUCCUGUCCUAUUGGAAAUGAAAGUUAGAGAUUAGGGAUAUGGUUUCUUUUCUCAUUAAGGCUACUUCUACAGGACAUUCCUUUGAAACUAUUAGAGUUCAGACACAACUUGAAGCAAACAUCUCAACUCCGUGAACUUCAGUUUGGGCAUAAAUUCCAGCUUUGGCAUAUGUGUCAUUAUCUCAGCAGAUGGCACCACCUAGUCCAAGCAGCAGUACCCCUAAUAGUAGCAAUGGGAACAAUGGCAAUGACCAGCUGAGCAAAACCAACCUCUACAUCCGGGGGUUGCAGCCAGGCACUACUGACCAGGACCUCGUCAAGUUGUGUCAGUCCUAUGGAAAGAUUGUCUCCACUAAGGCCAUACUGGACAAGACCACAAACAAAUGCAAAGGUUAUGGCUUUGUGGACUUCGACAGUCCUUCAGCCGCACAGAAAGCAGUAACAGCACUGAAAGCCAGUGGUGUACAGGCACAGAUGGCAAAGCAACAGGAACAGGACCCCACAAAUUUAUACAUAUCAAACCUCCCACUGUCAAUGGAUGAGCAAGAAUUGGAGGGAAUGCUGAAGCCCUUUGGUCAGGUUAUCUCCACUCGAAUCCUUCGAGACACCAGCGGGACCAGCAGAGGGGUUGGCUUUGCAAGGAUGGAGUCCACAGAGAAGUGUGAAGCCAUCAUCACCCACUUUAAUGGAAAAUAUAUUAAGACACCCCCUGGAAUACCAGCCCCAUCUGAUCCAUUGCUUUGCAAAUUUGCUGAUGGUGGUCCAAAGAAACGACAGAACCAAGGAAAAUUUGUGCAAAAUGGACCAGCCUGGCCAAGGAAUGGAGACAUGGGUAGUAUGGCCUUGACCUAUGACCCCAUCACAGCUCUUCAGAAUGGGUUUUACCCAGCUCCUUAUAACAUCACCCCCAACAGGAUGCUUGCUCAGUCUACACUCUCCCCAUACCUUCCAUCUCCUGUGUCUUCGUAUCAGAGAGUAACUCAGACAUCUCUACAAGUACCCAACUCGUCUUGGAUGCACCACCAGUCAUACCUCAUGCAGCCUUCAGGUUCAGUUCUGACACCAGGGAUGGAUCACCGCAUUUCUCUCCAGCCUGCCUCCAUGAUGGGACCUCUUACCCAGCAAUUGGGCCACCUCUCCCUUAGCACUACUGGCACGUAUAUGCCAACAGCUACAGCUGUGCAAGGAGCUUACAUCUCCCAGUACACCCCUGUGCCUUCUUCGAAUGUUUCAGUUGAGGAGAGCAGCGGCCAACAAAAUCAAGUGACGGUGGAUGCUCCCUCAGACCAUGGGGUUUAUUCUUUCCAGUUCAACAAGUAACAGUGGAUUUCCCUCCCCAUCUUUGUUGAAUACAAAUGAAUUCUUGGAGACGCUGAUGCUCCUAGACUCCAGAGGGCUAACCAGGAAUACAGACCACCUGUGGGCCCUGCUAAGAACUAACACUUGGCCAUCGUUUUCACAGGCCUCGGCCUGGAAAAGAAAUUUCUGCUCUCCUGCCCUCUUCUACUCCUCCAUUCCUGAUGGAGCCAGAGGGAACCGUCACUUUUUGUAUGCUAGAGUCAAGGUCAAAAAACCUUUUUUUUUUUUCUUUCUUUUGCAAGGGAAGUUUUAUGUUUUGUUUUUAGCUGCAAUAUAUCCUUUCCCUUAACCAAAGACACACAGUGCCUAGAGAUUCUUCUCAUCUUUAUGAAAAACGUUUCUUUAUGUGUUGGACUUAUGAGGGGAGGCUUUUAAAAUUUUUUAUUAUUUCUUCUUGUAAGAAAAAGGUGUGGUGCUAGAACACUGAAGGAGUCCCACUGUGGGCCCUUCUUUACUGAGUUUAGUUACAGACUUUUUUGAUAUAUGUGUAAGAAAAUAUGCAGACUUUUAAAAUUUUGUUUUAUAAAGCUCUUAGCUCAUACAUCCUGUCUCUUCACAAAUUUUAUGCCUUCUCUCAUCCACAUUGUUCUUUUCCUCUUUUCCGUACAGCAGAGCCUGCCUAUUUAGACCUUUUUACAAUUUUUAAUUUUGUGAAUUUCUCUUUUGAAUGAAAUUUUGUAUGGAAUUUUGGGGGGCCUGGGCAAGGAACAAGGUAGAAUACUAAGCAAGCAAUGGAAGUGGCUUUUCUUCUCUCUGUUCUGCCACAUCCUGGGAGAAAAGACUAGACUUUGCCUUCAGGAAGCAGAGAUAUGACCUAGGCUCAUUUAAGAGACAAUCCCACAGCCCUUAGAAGUCAUCCUCGAGCCAAAUUUGGAUGAAGACUAGGUUUUCCCUGGCAAGUUCCAGAAGGGUGGACUUACUGACAGAAUUCUAAUUCUUCUCACUGCGGAAGCCAACACCCUCUGAGGAAGUGUCUUCUCCAGUUACAGCUUUUCAGGAAUACCUGCUUUCCUGCUUUCUGAAGGAUCUUCAUUUCGGCUCUGGGUCUCAGGGCCCCUGUCUUGCCCAUUGCACAUUGCUGUGCUCAGAGGCUUUGUACUUGUGACAUUGCUGAGUCUACUUAGGCUCCUUCCCCACUGUGGAAGAUCAGUUGCUUCACCUCUAGACCAGUGGUUCUGAAGGAGGUGAUUUCGUUCCCUAGAAGCCAUUUAGCAAUCUCGGGAGACAGUUUUGAUUGUCAUGCCUGGGGAGGGAGGCUGCUGUGCUACUGGCAUCUAGUGGCUAGAGACCAAGGAUGCUGCUAAACAUCCUGCAGCACACAGGACAGACCCAACACGCCCAACAAAGAAUUAUCUGUUUCAAAAUGUCAGUAGUGCCAAAGUUGAGAAGACUUGAUGGAGAUAGUGUUGUCCCUGCCUCCUGUACCAGAGGAUUUGGUAAAUUCCUACUCCAACCCUGGACACACAGUGCCUUUUGACACUCAUGCAACUAUUGAAGUGACCCUUGAAAGGCUUGUGCUGUUGUGCACAUGCCAUAUGCACACACACAGAUUGAGGUGGGGGCUGUUCUGUGCAUGUGCUGUGCCUAGUGGGAAAGGACAAAGCUCUCUAUAACUGUCCAGAGUAACCCGUCCUGCUUUGAUGUGUUUGGGCCUCUUUUCCAGGGAACCAGGACAUCAAAAGUAAUUUUCUUUUUUGUAGAAAGACAGCAGAGAGUUAGGAUAGAAAAGGGCAAUAAAUCCUAUUGUGUUAUUAACAAGGUCAGGAGUCCUUUUAAAAAGUCUGUUAUUUUCUCCUCAACUCCAUCUCCUUCUGCGAGACCACACACUAUGCACAUGGAGAGAGGAGAAAGCCUUUGCCCAUCUUCUAGGAAAUAAGAUCCUGCACCUGUCUUCUCCCAGUUGCUCCCUUAUGUACUGAAAGGAGAAUUCUGCUCCCCUUCAAGAUCAGGUGCCUUUCUACCAGUCAUACUGAAAGCCAUAUGACAGAGAAUGGAGAAACCGGUGUUCAUUAGGCUGGCUGUCAGAGAGGAAGGAGAUGUUACUGGGAAAAGAAGCUGUAGUACUAGCUUCUGUGUUGUACAUAGAGCUUGGGCCCAACUUUACUUCCCCUCCCACCCAUCCCAGAAUUGAGAGUCCAAAUGCUCCCUAUGCUUAGACUGUCCUUUGGUACAUCCUUGGGGUAAGUGAGUUGGGGGCGGGGGAGAGCAAUGGGUAGCAUAUAAAGUAUAGAGGACAAAAUUGCCACUACUAAUUUUCUCAUGGUUGCUUCCAACCCCAGGAAAGGCUCAUCCAGUUUGAAACAGCCUCAAGCCCAAUAAUCUUCUAGAAAGGUUUGGCUGGGUAGGUACCUGAGUCUCCAGCCCUUAGUCAAGAAAAGUACACUGUAGAUUUCUUGUCAGUGGGUAAGGAAGGAGGAAUGAGGAAGAAACAAAGAAAACAAAUCUAGAAUCCCGUUCAUUUGAUAGUAGCUUGGAGGAGCCUUACUAAGUGAGGCUUAGUGCUAUGGGGACCUUUCACGCAUGGAAACUGUUGUUGAUAAUACUGCUGCUCCUCCUUCACCUCCCAGAACUCCUGAUUCUUCUCUGUAUUUUAAAAAAUGUUCAAACGUCUGUGAUUGUUUUGCUUUAAAUUCUGAAAUUAACUUUUGUGUAUUUUCUUCAUGUGAAUCUACUUAAUGGAUUCUAUUAAUGUUUCUGGCUUGGGCAGGUAUCUUUGGGCAUGGGAAGUGAUGGGGAGCCUGAAGUUAUUUUUGUAGUGGUUAAUGGCACUGUGGAAUUUCUUUUGGAUGUUUUUGGGUUACAUUCAUGCUAUUUUUCCCCCCUAGUUCUUAGUUCAUUUCUAACAGAUCUGACAUGAGUGAGUGACUGGGUAAGGAAGGAGGAAUGAGGGACAUAUUUUCUCUCAUGAAAUAGUUCAAUGGUGGCAGUGGUGGCAGGGGAAUCGUAAUUCCCUUCAAGCUCACAGCCUAAGGCUGGGCUCUUUAAACACUUAUCUCUAGUGUUUUCUAAAUUGUCUAUAUGGAGCCCAGAUUAUACUUUUCCUGUACUUCACAUAAUCAUCCCUACUCAUUACAGAUGCUCAUAACAUUGAAACAUUUUAGUACUUUUUUGUUUUCAGCCAAAUAGAACAUAACUGAGUCCCUUCUACAUAUAGUCCUUAACUAGGCUCAGAGCCUGCUCGCCUCAUCUCAUGGCACUGUUAUCACUGUUCCUCAUGCUGAGAUGAUGCACAGACCCUAGGCUGAUUAGACUUUUUGGAGGGUGAGGGCAGAGGUUAGGGAAGAUGUGGGAACAUUGGUGGAGAGGUUAUUUUUUAACCAAAGAAUUCGAAAGGCUGUCCAGUCUUGGCCUGGUAGCUCCAAAGUGAUAAUAGCCCUUGUCAGUAAGAUAGGGGUGGUAGGAAGACAUUACUUUCACUGAGGAGAAAAACUAAAUCUUACUGCUCUACUGACUGUGACUGUCCCUCAGUUGGGCCAUCUCAGCCCAGUUUCGUUCUACUUCCUUUCCUAAUUUACUGAGCUGUGAGCUCAUUCAUUCCCUUGGUGUCUGCAGUGCUCACUCCCUUCUGCUUUUGUCAGCCCUUUGGGGGCCUACAUGUGGGUUGAUACCUUGCAGAAAGAGGCCUUGCUGGAAUGGAACGUUGCAGGGAUCACAGAGACCUCUAGUUUUCCAGGGGAAAAAAAAAUCAUUGCUGCUCUUGUGCAUGUGCUCCACCUUCUGGGAGAACAGCAGCAUUGCAUUUAUGAGGGGCUACUUUGACCUUAACCAAGGGCAGGCAGUAAACUUGGAUGGGAGAUGAGACGACCUGCUUUGCUAGACUAGCUUCAGAGAAACGAGUGGGUGUCAUGAAAGCCAAUCCAUAAGGAGUCUUAAAUCACGUUUCUUGUCACACUGCUUCUUCCGGAUUCCCUCUUAAACUAACUACUCCCAUUUCUGUGCUUACCUGCAAUUUCGGUCCUACCAGGCUUUAGCAGAUCCCUUAUUUACUCAGGUUUCACCUCGUCUUUUUGUAGGAGGAUGGAGCCUGUGAGCUCUAUCACCCUUCUGGUCUUUGCUGCACUUCUCUAGGUGUAGUCCCCACAUGACUCAGUAAUGAGAAAGCCAGGUGUCUUAAGUUCAAACUUUCUCUCUGAUAUAUCUACUUGUUUUGAAUAAACAUUCUCCAAGCAUAUCCCAAAACUUCCUUGUCCUUGUUACAGAUCUACCUCACAAUUUCACAAUUCAACAAGGGCACAAGUACCUGGUUUACAUCUUUCCUUUACUCUGUCCUUCCCUUUUUGAGGGUUAGAAAGCCGGGGAGCUAGAAAAUGUUUCAUGAUCAAGUGCAAAAACUCUUGGUUGGUUGUUUCUAGAAUGUCUUUGGGAUUUUUAGCUCAUUAAUCACCCUGGAAUAGUGUGAACUCUUCGGUUAAGUCUUGCUGUGGUAGGCCAGAGGGAUAGACUGUGUAAUGACGGCCUAGGAUAAAACUAAUCUUAGGAGCCACUCCCAGGGACACCAGAGUUGGAGCAGAGCUCAAAACUUGAGGAUGAGUUGGCUAAUGGCUGCCACAUACCUGAGAAGGAAAGCAAGCACAAAAGGACAUUUGUGAUUUUUAUAGGGCUAGAAAAACAGAUGUUUCUUUUUCACCUUAUUAGUUAGUUCAGAGGGUUUACCAAAACAAAACUUACAGCUUGGAGGGUGGUUAAGAUUUCCUGGCCUGAGCAAAUAAAGUCCUCACUCUAUUACUGGUUUCCCUAUCCCCUAACACAUACUUUUUAGGUAGUGAGUGUUCUCUCAUGCACUUAUCACCUUUGACAGGGAAAUAGUUUUAUACUCACAUUUUGUACACUUUUCCUUUAUCCAGAAUCUUCUCGUUUUAUCAUGUCUAUGCCAAUGCCACCCUUCUAGCUUAUUUCUUUUCUGACCUUUGGUAUUCUCAUGUUCCUUCCCUACAAUUUGGUAGAGCUUCAUUUUUGUCUUAUUUCAACUUGUUUUGAAAUAAAACACAAAUGUCUA